CUCGUAAGGAUGUGUCCGCAACCGCUGACGGACCUCGUGCGUUCGCGUCGCGUGUGUGCGCGUCCAGGACGCUGAAACGCUUCAGCCGCAAGUUGAAUGUUGCCACAGCCGCCAAAGCAGCAAGCGCCAAGUUAUCGUGUAUUGUGCUGCAACGUUGUUGGCAACGUUGAAAAGCCGAAGUUAAAGGCGACCAAGCCAAGCAAAUAUUUGAAGGCCUCGUGCCGAGAGUGUCUCAAGAGUGUAUGAAUGAAUGAAUACCGCGAAACAAGCAAAAAAUAAAUAUAUAUAUAUAUAAAAAAUAUUUGUGAUUUUUGCCCAAACAAAGAAAAAGUAAAGCAUACAUAAAGCAGAAAAAUGAAAUUAAAUCUGAACGCGUUAGUGCUUUGCCUCAACCGGCUGUCAGCCGCAAUCAGCCCGUGUGGCAAUCAAGAAGGGAACCACAGCAAAAGCUCUAACAAAAUGAUCACCUAGGGCAAAGUAUAAAUGCUAACAAAUCAACAAUAUUGAAUACAAAAAAGAUUGGAAAAACAAGAAAGAAAUUAACUCAGUAACAAAUUGGCUUGAAAAUAAACACAAAAUAUAAUUCAAUUUGAAGGCCAAUGGGCGAAUGAUAGAACAAAACUAAAGCUGGAAACUAAAACUGAAACUAAAACCAAAACGUAAACAAAACCAAAAACCAAAUCAAACAAACCAAACUAUACCAAAAAAAAGUAACGUAAACCACCGCAAAACAAUUGCUUUAAAAACACAAAAAAAAAAACAGAAACAACACAAAGAACAACCAAAUUACAACAAUAACAUUCACAAAAUGACGCUGCGCAUAUCGGCCAAAUCGAGAAAUCAUCUUGGACUCAUUAUUUACGGCUUUGUGUUGCUGCUAACAACAUCAAUGCCAUCCAUCGAGGCGGGACGCAUUUUCGACGUUACGAAUCUGGACUACGUCAAGGUAAAUGCUGAGGCUGGCAAGAACGUGACCAUACCAUGUCCCGGUGUAACGGAGCAUUCGCUGGUCGACACGCUGGUGUGGAAGACGGCGUCGACGACAAUCGCACAGUUUGCCAAUCGCAUUCCGUUGCUGCAUAGUCCGCGGAUACAGCUUUUGUCGGAUAACUUUGGUUUGCAGUUCUCACCGGCGAUGGCAAGCGAUACCACAGAGUACAUCUGUCUGGUCAAUGAUCGCCACAUACCAGAGGCCAUUGUGGAUCUGUUGGUGCAAGAUGUGCCCGAUCCACCGGAGCGUCCUUUGUUAAUAAGUUUCACGUCACGCUCGGUGAACUUAUCCUGGGCUCACUCGCAGCAUCCACGGAAUGCACCCGUGACGCAUUUCAUUAUUGAAACUCGCGAGGGCGAGGAUGGCAUUUGGGAUCAAGUGGCGCGCAUCUAUACGAGAACGAAUGCAACAUCAUAUCAGGUGACCGGCCUGACGCCCUUCACCGUCUACAGCUUUCGCCUGCUGGCCGUUAACAAGCUGGGCGUGAGUCCGCCCUCCAAGGAGUCCUACUAUAUUGUGACGCUGCGUGAAGCGCCCACGGGCAAACCAAUACCAACGACAGCUCACAAUACGUCCUCCACGUCGGUGUACAUCUCAUGGAAGCCACCAUCGCCGGAUACCAUAUUGGGCGAGUUUCUUGGCUAUCGCAUUACAUAUCGGCCACGCGAUCGCAGUCCCAACGAUACCAAGGAAAUCUAUAUACGUGACAAUACCGUCGAGAGCCACGAGAUACAGAACCUACAAACAUACACUCAAUACAAGGUAACGGUGCAGGUGUUCAAUCCGGAGGGCCUCGGUCCCGAAACAACGAUACUGGUGAUGACCGAUGAAGGAGUGCCAAGCAAACCUCAGAAUCUCACCGUUCUGGAUGUAUCGGCUAAUAGCAUUACAAUGUCCUGGCAUCCGCCUAAGAAUCAGAAUGGUGCCAUCGCCGGCUAUCAUGUAUUUCACAUACACGACAAUCAAACUGGCGUCGAAAUUGUCAAGAAUUCCCGCAACUCGGCCGAGACGCUGAUACACUUUGAGCUCCAGAGUCUAAAACCCUUUACCGACUACCGUGUCAUUGUCAAAGCGUUCACAACAAAGAACGAGGGCGAACCCUCCGAUCAGAUUGCCCAGCGCACAGAUGUGGGAGGACCGAGUGCACCGGCGAUUGUAAAUCUGACAUGUCAUUCGCAGGAGUCAAUUACGAUACGCUGGAAGCGACCCUACGAGUUCUACAACACCAUCGAUUUUUACAUCAUUAAAACGCGACUGUCCGGCCAGGAUACGCACCGUGAUAUACGCAUCAAUGCAUCUGCCAAGGAGCUGGAAACGGCGAUGAUACUACAAAAUCUGACUACAAAUUCCUACUAUGAAGUCAAGGUGGCAGCGGCAACAUUCAGCGUUAUAAAUCCCAAGAAAAUUGUGGUCGGCAAGUUUUCAGAUCCACGAAUUAUACAAUUGCAACCGAACUGCGAGAAGAUUCAACCGCUGCUGCGUCAAUCGCACAAUGAUUACAAUUUGGCUGUGCUGGUUGGCAUCAUAUUCAGCUGCUUUGGCAUCGUGCUGAUCGUCAUGGCCUUCUUCUUGUGGAGCAGAAAGUGCUUCCAUGCCGCCUACUACUAUCUGGACGAUCCGCCACAUCAUCCCAAUGCACCGCAGGUCGACUGGGAGGUGCCCGUCAAGAUCGGCGACGAAAUCCGCGCUGCUGUGCCCGUCAAUGAGUUUGCCAAGCAUGUGGCAUCGUUGCAUGCGGAUGGCGACAUUGGAUUCAGUCGCGAAUACGAGGCUAUACAGAACGAAUGCAUCACCGAUGAUCUGGCCUGCGAGCACUCGCAGCAUCCGGAGAAUAAACGCAAGAAUCGCUACCUCAACAUUACAGCCUACGAUCACAGUCGCGUGCAUUUGCAUCCCACGCCCGGACAGAAAAAGAAUCUGGACUAUAUCAAUGCCAAUUUCAUCGAUGGCUAUCAAAAGUCACAUGCCUUCAUUGGCACCCAAGGUCCGCUGCCCGAUACCUUCGAUUGCUUCUGGCGCAUGAUCUGGGAACAACGUGUGGCGAUCAUUGUGAUGAUCACCAAUUUGGUGGAGCGUGGCCGACGCAAAUGCGACAUGUAUUGGCCCAAGGAUGGUGUUGAAACCUAUGGUGUGAUACAGGUCAAGCUGGUGGAGGAGGAAGUCAUGUCCACGUACACGGUGCGCACGCUGCAGAUCAAGCAUCUCAAGCUCAAGAAAAAGAAGCAGUGCAAUAUGGAGAAAAUCGUCUAUCAAUAUCAUUACACCAACUGGCCAGAUCAUGGCACACCGGAUCAUCCGCUUCCAGUGCUCAAUUUCAUCAAGAAAUCCUCAGCAGCCAAUCCCGCCGAGGCGGGUCCCAUUGUUGUCCACUGCAGCGCUGGCGUUGGACGCACUGGCACCUACAUUGUGCUGGACGCGAUGCUGAAGCAGAUACAGCAAAAAUCGAUUGCCAAUGUCUUUGGCUUUCUGCGACACAUUCGCGCCCAGCGCAAUUUCCUUGUCCAAACGGAGGAGCAGUACAUCUUUCUGCACGACGCUCUGGUCGAGGCGAUUGCCUCCGGCGAAACCAAUCUGCCCACCGAGCAGAUCGAGGAGCUCAAGAACUGCACUCCGUACUUGGAGCAGCAGUAUAAGAACAUCAUACAAUUCCAGACCAAGGACAUACACAUUGCGUCCGCCAUGAAGCAGGUGAACUCGAUCAAAAAUCGUGGCGCCAUCUUUCCCAUCGAGGGCAGUCGAGUGCAUCUGACACCGAAGCCCGGCGAGGAUGGCAGCGAUUACAUAAACGCCUCGUGGCUGCAUGGUUUCAGGCGACUGCGCGACUUCAUUGUCACCCAGCAUCCCAUGACGCACACGAUAAAGGACUUCUGGCAAAUGGUCUGGGAUCACAAUGCACAGACCAUUGUGCUGCUCUCAUCGCUGGAUGAUAUUAACUUUGCGCAGUUCUGGCCGGAUGAGGCCACGCCCAUCGAGAGCGAUUACUAUCGCGUCAAAUUCCUGAACAAGACGAACAAGAGCGACUACGUGAGUCGCGAUUUCGUCAUACAGUCCAUCCAGGACGACUACGAGCUGAGUGUGAAGAUGCUGCACUGCCCCAGCUGGCCAGAGAUGUCGAAUCCCAACAGCAUCUACGACUUUAUUGUCGAUGUGCACGAACGCUGCAACGAUUAUCGCAACGGUCCCAUUGUCAUAGUGGACAGAUAUGGAGGAGCACAGGCGUGCACCUUCUGUGCCAUCUCAUCGCUGGCCAUUGAGAUGGAGUAUUGCAAUACGGCGAAUGUGUAUCAAUAUGCAAAGCUGUAUCACAAUAAGCGUCCCGGUGUCUGGACGUCCAGCGAGGACAUUCGUCUCAUCUAUAACAUUCUGUCCUAUUUGCCUGGCAAUUUAAAUUUACUGAAGCGCACGGCAUUGCGUACGGAAUUCGAGGAUGUGACAACGGCCACGCCGGAUCUCUAUAGCAAAAUCUGCAGCAACGGUAAUGUUCCACAACACCUACAACAGCUACAACAGCAGCAGCAGCAACAGUUGCUGCUGGCACAGCAACAGCAACAGCAUCUGCUGCAGCUGCAAAUGCAACAUGAAACACAACAGCAACUACAACAACAACAGCAACAGCUACAAAUUCAGCAGCAACAGCAGCAGCAGCAGCAACAACAGCAAACACAACAGCAAAAUCUCAUUAGUCAUAAUAGUCAUCAAACAGAAGUAGGAGCCAUAACAAAAUCAGACACAGAUACAAAUACAGAUACAGAAUUAGGAACAGCAACAGCCACAGCAACAACAACAACUGAAUCAGCUUCAACAACAAAUACUAAUUCUUCCUUAUUACCCAUCUCAUCAUUGUUACCACCCACAGUUGCUCCAUCAUCCAUCACACCCACACCAUCAUCAUCAACGUCCAACAGCUCCGACAACAACCAUACAACAACAGUCCCAAACAAUCUAACAACAACAACUACAUCUACAACAGCAACUCAAUCAUCAACAACACCAACACCUACAACACCUGCAACACCUUUAAAUGAUCUAACCCAUACUAAUGCUAAUCUUACCACUGUUACUACUACUAAUAAUGCUGCUAAUCUGGUCUCUGGUGAUGGGUCUUUGUCGUUGUCGUCGUCGAUGAUGCUGCUGCCGCCUGAUGAACAUCAACAACAACAACAAAUGCUGGCGCUAAUGCAACAACAAACCCAACUGCAACAACAAUACAACACGCAUCAACAACAACCACAAAUGGAUAAUGCCAAUUGCUUGUCAAAUGUUGAUGAAUUGCUCACUCCCCCAAUCAACCCGAUAAUCAACAAUAUGAACAACAAUAAAAACAACAACAAUCUGCAACAACAACAACUUCAUGCAGCAGUCACAGAUGCUCAAAACCUAGAUAUUGUAGGCUAAACAACAACAACAACCAGAACACAACACAAAAUUAUGAAUUAAAAUAUGAAUAAUUUUAUAUGUAUGUAAAGGCUAAGAUAUGAUACAUUUAAAUAUAAAUAUAAUUAUAAAUAUAUAAAUACAUUAAAUAUAAAUUACAAUUACAAUUAAAGCUAAUUAAAUUUAAUUAUGUAUACACUUGAAUGUAUUUAAGCGAGUGAACUAAGCGUUUAGCGCUAAUUAUCCUUCAACCUAUUAUUUAUGAUUUUAUUUAUUGACACGCCCCAAAAUUGCUUUUAUUCCAUUGACGCCCCUUAAAUAUGUUUAAAUUAGUCACAAAAACUAAACACACAAUAUAGUCAACACAAAAUAAACAACAACUAGAAACAUAGCAAACAAACAAAAAAAACAAGGCACACGAUUAUAUUACAUAACGAUUAUCAAGUAUGUAGCUUAACGCACAAAACUGAAAACUGAAAACUGAAUGCAUAGUUCCCCACACAAAUAAAUAAUACAACAAAUAAAGAGCCUAUAAAAAUAAUUAUUAUAAUAAUACUACUUAUUUGUAUCCCUGAAAGUAAUUGUUGUCCUUUUGUGCCAUGCUCUUAACACUUAGUUAAUAUCAGAUCUGUAAUUUUAUUGUUUUGCUAAAUUCAAUUGAUUCAAUGUCCGUCCUAUAAUCUGUUAUUGAUACUGUUUUCACAGCUCGCAUUUUUAUCGAUUACUUGUUGAACUUGAAAUUGAAAAACAAAAAUGAAAAAAAAUGACAAAAAAAAAUCUAAAAAACGAAGAACAAAUGCAAAAUCUUAGUGAAAAUUAUGCGAAUUUAAUAGACGAGAUGAGAAAGUGAACAAAAGAACAUACACAAAACAUACAUAUUCAAGAAUUUACGAAUACGAUUUAAUGUAUUUUCCCAGGCACGUACACGAAAUAUUUUUCAAAUUAACUUAACAAAUUCAAAUCAAGCACUUAAUGAGCACAUCACUGUAAAUCCUAAACUAAAAAACAAAAAAACAAUUGAACUAAUCACGCAACAAAAAAAAAACCCAGGCGCAUCACAAUUGUAAAUACUUUAAAUAUAAAUUACGUAAUCAAAUAAAAGAUUGCAUGAAAGAAACGGAAAAAUAAGUAAUGUUUAAGACGACGAUAUAAAUAUUGUAAAAAUACAAAAUACAAAUAAAUAUAUAUAUAUAAAUACGAUAUGAUAAAAGUGCUUAGCGUUUAAUGUUUAAGAACUAAUUAAUUUGUAAAGCAAAUCGCAAGCAAAGUAUUACUAAAAUAUAAAUUCAUGUGGAAAAAGCGAAUGCAAACGCAAAAUAUUCAAAAUUGUUUUUCUCACUUGUGGAAUAUGUCAAAGUAAAGAAAAAAAAAAAGAAA